UGUCAUUUCAUUGACAUUUUAUGGAAAUAAAUAAAUCGACUGUUUUUAUCAAUUUUAUGCCUUAUUUUCGCAAAUUUUUCAUUUUAAAUAGUUAUAAAUGAAGCUCCUGAAACCUAGUUGGGUCAAUCAUGACGACAAACCAAUAUUUUCGGUGGACAUCCACCCCGCUGGGAAGCGUUUCGCGACCGGCGGGCAAGGCGGGGACUCCGGCCGGGUCGUCGUGUGGAACCUUAACUCGGUUUUAUUCGAGUCAGUGGAGGUGGAUCCGAACAUCCCGAAAAUGCUUUGCCAAAUGGACAAUCACUUAGCCUGUGUAAAUUGUGUGCGAUGGAGCAACGCUGGGCGGUACCUGGCGUCCGGUGGAGAUGACCGCCUGGUUAUGGUGUGGGGGCUGAGUGUGGCUGCCGGAGCGCAGGGCAAGCACAAGGCUGAGACUUGGAGAUGCUUGUCAACGCUAAGGGGACAUGCUGGUGACGUCCUGGAUUUGGCCUGGUCUCCGCUGGACAAGUGGCUGGCCAGCUGCAGCGUGGACAACACCAUCAUAAUAUGGAACGCUGAGAAGUUUCCGGAGAUGGUGUGUGUUCUCAACGGACACACCGGUCUGGUGAAAGGUGUUGCAUGGGACCCUGUUGGAAAAUACCUAGCAUCUCAAUCGGACGACAAAUCACUCAGGGUAUGGAAGACUGCUGACUGGGCACCAGAAACUGUAAUCACUGAGCCCUUUGAGGAGUGUGGAGGAACGACCCACGUCCUCCGGCUAUCAUGGUCGCCUGACGGUCAGUACGUGUUAUCGGCACACGCAAUGAAUGGCGGCGGGCCCACCGCGCAAGUGGUGGAGAGAGACGGCUGGCGCUGCGACAAGGACUUCGUGGGACACAGGAAGGCUGUUACGUGUGCGCGGUUCAACAACAACAUAUUCGUUAAAGAAGGCAAGAAGUGCUGCUGCGCCGCAGUUGGAUCACGUGACCGGGCGCUCUCCAUCUGGCUCACGUCGCUCAAGCGGCCUCUGGUGGUCGUGCACGACUUGUUCACCGACAGCGUGUUGGACCUGUCCUGGAGCUCGGACGGUCUAAAUCUCCUAGCGUGCAGUUCUGAUGGCACCGUGGCCUGUAUACAGUUUACUAACAAAGAAAUCGGCACACCGCUUACUAUGGAAGAGAAGAACGCAUUCUACGAGAAAAUCUACGGCAAAUGUCUAGCAAACGAAUCUGGUGCGGACUUAUCUUCCAACCUGCUGGUGGAGUGUACUGAGAUCCUGCUGGCGCGGGAGAAACAGGAGGCCAAGAGGGAAGCCCGCGAGGAGUCCACGCCUAAGAGCGACAAGUCUCAGUGCCUAGCCAACGAGUCUGGUGCGGACUUAUCUUCCAACCUGCUAGUGGAGUGUACUGAGAUCCUUCUGGCGCGGGAGAAACAGGAGGCCAAGAGGGAAGCCCGCGAGGAGUCCACGCCUAAGAGCGACAAGUCUCAGUGCCUAGCUAACGAGUCCGCUGCGGACUUAUCUUCCAACCUGCUGGUGGAGUGCACUGAGAUCCUGCUGGCGCGGGAGAAACAGGAGGCCAAGAGGGAAGCCCGCGAGGAAUCCACGCCUAAGAGCGACAAGUCUCAGUGUAUCCCAAUGUUGGGCAAAGCCCUACCCACUGUCAUACCAUUCAUUUCGGUCUUAUGUAAAAUAAAUCUAUUCCGUUUCACACAUUGCGGCCCGCCGGCUGGGGCGCUUGACGACAGCUGCGUGGCUCGCAAGUGCCUAGCCAACGAGUCCGGUGCGGACUUAUCUUCCAACCUGCUGGUGGAGUGUACUGAGAUCCUGCUGGCGCGGGAGAAACAGGAGGCCAAGAGGGAAGCCCGCGAGGAGUCCACGCCUAAGAGCGACAAGUCUCAGUCGAAGCCAAUCCUGACUCCUUCGCCCGUGAGCUCGGCGAGCACGACGCUGCGGCCCAUCGACCGCCAGAUCGAGACGCGGACGUCGGACGGCAAGCGCCGCAUCACGCCCGUGUUCAUACCGCUCACGCACGCUGAUGCCAACGAGUCCCUAGGCUCUCAACCGGGCGGCGGCGAGCACUGCUUCAGCACAUCCUCGCAGAGCAAGUCGCGCAUCCGCGUGGAGGUGCGCGCAGACAUCGUCACGCAUCCCAACGUCAGCAACCACGCCACCUCGCGCCCCGCCGACACGUCAGUACCUCUAGUUCUUACAUCAGUACCCCUAGCACUUUCAUCAGUGCCCCUAGCACUUACAUCAGUACCCCUAGCACUUUCAUCAGUGCCCCUAGCACCUCCAUCAGUGCCCCUAGCACCUCCAUCAGUGCCCCUAGCACCUCCAUCAGUGCCUCUAGCACCUCCAUCGGUGUCCCUAGCACCUCCAUCAGUGCCCCUAGCUUCUCCAUCAGUACCCCUAGCACCUCUAUCAGUGCCCCUAACACUUUCAUCAGUACCCCUAGCACCUCCAUCAGUGCCCCUAGCACCUCCAUCAGUGCCCCUAACACUUUCAUCAGCACCCCUAGCACCUCCAUCAGUGCCCCUAGCACCUCCAUCAGUGCCCCUAGCACUUUCAUCAGUACCCUAG